AUGGUGCCAUUCCCCGGGGCAGAGUCCGGGCCCGUCGCCCGCCCCUCGGGGUGGGUGGCUCGAACUCGCUCCCCUCCCCGACGCCACCACCUGCGCCCGCUCCGGCGCCGCCUUUGUCCGGCGCUUCACUGCCGAGUGGGCCCCUCGGGCCCGACCUCACCCGGCCCCCCGGCCCCAGAGGAGCGGCGACGGAGCCAGCAGAGCAGGACCAGGCCAGGCCGCGAGCACGGGGUCCCGCUGUCACUUAGAAGCGGUCUGACAACUUCGAUCCCCCCGCCCCACCUCGGACUCGGCCGCCGCCUCGCACGGUCCCCGCCGGGCCUCCUGCGGCCCACACUCCGCUUCUCGAACCGGUCCCCUUCCGUUUUCGGCGCCUCCUUCCUCCCAGCCCGAUCAGGUCAGGGCUACACUACCCACCGCCCCGGCGCGGCCCCCGUCCCCUGCCCCCCAUCCAGCAAUAACCGGCCAGCUCCCAGCGCGGGAGGGCGCCCCCCACCCUCAGCGAGCGAUCCCGCGGCGCCGCCCCCGGCCGCGGCCCCUUGCCUCGGGGACCGCGAUGGGGGAGGGGGCGAGCGAGCAGAGGGGGGCCUCGGCGCCCGCACACUCGGAGGCAGCCGGACGGGCGGGCGGCGGGGGCCGGGCUCCGGGAUCCGCUACGCCGCUCGCGGUUCCCCCACAAACUCCCCGAGAGCGGAGCCUCCACCGCCCUCCUUCCUGCUUCCUCGUCCGCAGCCAAUCAGCGGCGCCCCCCUCGGCCAGCUCCGCCAAUCAGCCGCCCCGCCCUGCGCUAGCCCCGCCAGCCAAUCCGGCCCUCGGCUCCCCCUCCCAGUCUCCGACCAAUCAGAACCGUGGAUCGGUCGUCCCAACGCAGGGGGCAGCACGAGGCGGCCGGGGGAGGCGGGCCUGAGCCCGUAUCCCAUGGUGACCCGACCCUGGAGCCCCAAUCCCCCAGCUGCUACCCCCCCCCGAGAAAUCUUAUAUCGCCCCCGCCCUGACCGUCACCCUUCUACAUCCCUCUUCGCCUUUACCCUCCUCCCCAACACUCACCGGAGAAAACUGCGGGCCGAGGAACACCCCCACCCUCACCAGCGGCUUCUGCCCCCAGGGCAAAGCUUCGGGAACACCAGCCGAAAAUCAAGCGUGGACAACCCCCUUUUCCUGCAAAAAGGGCCCCAGACUCCAGCGAAAGGGCCCCGACUGCCGAGAAGCCCCUCCCGCCCUUGCCUCAUCUUUCCGACUUCCCUGCCUGCCACGUCUCCUUUCCUUUCAAGCAAGGUCGGUCCUGGCUCGGCCCCAUCGGAGGUGGGAGGAGGGGAUAACCGCGGUAACGCCACCAUCCUGCCAGUCCAGCCGCCAGGCACCUCCCCCUGCCGCCCGCCGCAGUCCCUGCAGACCGCCUGCCCUCAGAUCCAGCCACCUGGCACCCGGGCAGGGCACCCCAGCAGGCAGCGCAACCCCUGCGGGUCGUGCCGGCCGGGGGAGGGCUUCCCUGGCGCUUGGGAGCCCGCUAAGGCCCCCACCCCUGCCACUCCCUGGAGGACAGGCUCCCCCAAGGGUUGGAGCUCCGAGCCCUCCCCCCAGCAGCUGCGGCAGCCUCCGGCUGAGGGCCUGGCAGAGUACCUGCACAGAUCCGGAGCCCCCGGUCAAGGGCGGAGAGCCACUGGCUCUGCGCGCCUGCGACACCGCAGUCGGCCAGCAGGUGUCAGGCGAGCUCCAUUCAGGGCCCGAGGCACCGCUAAUGAGCACUGCCGCCGCGCGGGGGUGGAGCGCUCCGCGGCGCGCGGUGUCUCGGGGAAGGAGGCAGAGGGAGGAUCCCGGACCUUCCGCAGGCUGCGGGACCCGAUAGAUGGCCAGCUGGGUCCUGGGUCUCAGCUCUGCCGGGACCCCAGCGCAAGAAGACAGCGCCCUUCCCCAGGCCCCACGCCGCGUUUACGACCCGCCCUGGCUGCACCCGGCGUGGGGCGUGGCCGGCUCUCCCGCCGCGGGUUCGCGUAG